AUGGGUUGUGAUCAUGGAUUUAUACUGGAUCCCAACUUGAUCCCACUGGAUCCUGCCUGGAUUUGGGCUGGAUUCUGGCUCAGUUCAAUCCUGGCUGUGAUCCCAGCAGAUCUCAGUAGAUCCCAGAGCCCUCAGUUGCUGCAGCACCGGCCCUGGAUCUGGGUUCAAUCCUGGCUGGAUCUGGGCUCAAUCCUGGCUGGAUCUGGGUUCAAUCCUGGCUGUGAUCUCAGUAGAUCUUGGUGGAUCCUAGAGCCCUCAGUUGCUGCAGCACUGGAUCCUGCAGGCUGGAUCUGGGUUCAAUCCCAGCUGGAUCUGGGUUCAAUCCCGGCUGUGAUCCCAGCUGUGACCCCAGGAGAUCCCAGUAGAUCCCAGUGGAUCCCAGAACCCUCAGUUGCUGCAGCACUGGCUCCGGCCCUGUGGGCUGGAUCUGGGUUCAGUCCUGGCUGGAGCUGGGUUCAAUCCCAGUGGAUCCCAGCAGAUCCCAGUGGAUCCCAGAGCCCUCAGUUGCUGCAGCACUGGCCCCGGCCCUGGAUUCAGUCCUGGCUGGAUCUGGGUUCAAUCCCAGCUGGAUCUGGAUUCAGUCUUGGCUGGAUCUGGAUUCAAUCUCAACUGGAUCUGGGUUCAGUCCUGGCUGGAUCUGGGUUCAAUCCUGGCUGUGAUCCCAGUAGAGAUCAGUGGAUCCCAGAGCCCUCAGUUGCUGCAGCACUGACCCCAGGCCUGUGGCUGGAUCUGGGUUCAAUCCCAGCUGGAUCUGGAUUCAAUCUGGGUUCAAUCCCGGCUGGGUGUGGGUCCAAUCCCGGCUGUGAUCCCAGCAGAUUUUGGUGGAUCCCAGUAGAUCCCAGGGCCCUCAGUUGCUGCAGCACUGCAGGCUGGAUCUGGAUUCAAUCCCAGCUGGAUCUGGAUUCAAUCUUGGUUGGAUCUGGAUUCAAUCUCAGCUGGAUCUUGGUUCAGUCCUGGCUGGAUCUGGGUUCAAUCCCAGCUGUGAUCCCAGCAGAUCUCAGUGGAUCCCAGAGCCCUCAGUUGCUGCAGCACUGGAUCCUACAGGUUGGAUCUGGGCUCAAUCCCAGCUGGAUCUGGAUUCAGUCCUGGCUCAAUCUGGGCUCAGUCCUGGAUGUAAUCCCAGCAGAUUUCGGUGGAUCCCAGUAGAUCCCAGGGUCCUCAGUUGCUGCAGCACUGCAGGCUGGAUCUGGGUUCAGUCCCAGUUGGGUCUGGAUUCAAUCUGGGUUAAAUCCCAGCAGAUCUCAGUGGAUCCCAGCAGAUUUCAGUGGAUCCCAGUGGAUCCCAGAGCCCUCAGUUGCUGCAGCACUGCAGACUGGAUCUGGGUUCAA